CUUUAACUAACCAUUUUAAAUUAUUAUCCUAUCAUUAUUUGUAAUUUCUAAUUAAUCGUUUUUAGUAACUUUAGUUUUAUGUCGAAUUUCCGAGACUAACCUGUCUAUCACUUUUUUACCCUGUUUUUCUCAUAUUUUAAACAUUUUUCAGUGUAAUAUAUUCAUUUCAAUUGUUUUUAUUUUAGCCAAAUCCAGGCUCAAAAUUUCUCAGUUCUUUAACCCGAAAAUUUCAAGAAUAACAAUUUUAUAAUAAAUCUCCUUGUUAAAAGUUGGAAAAUAAGUAAAAUAUUAUACUUUUAAUGUAUGAUUGAGGUUGUUGGAUAUUUCUGUGAUGAAGCGUAGUUAUAAGACUGUCUUGCUUGGUGACGCUUCAGUAGGAAAAUCAAGUUUCGCAGUAAGACUAACCAAGGGCGAAUUCUCAGAUAACACAAACUCCACAAUCGGAGCCGCUUUCUUCACCUACACCGUACACAACGACUACUCAGACCCCCAGAAACGUCUAAAUAUCAAUUCUGACGGGAAAUUUACCGAUAAAUUAUCUGAUGGACCAUCGCAAUCUCAACAAAGUUCAAUAAUCUCACAGUCUGGACGAACUUCAAUAAUCUCCCAGUCUGACCGAAGCACUCACACAGACAGAACUAUCACCCAGUCAGACAGAACCAUCACCCAGUCAGACAGAACCAUAACUCCUGAUCUUAGAACAAAUCAGGAUCUUAGAAAUACACAAUCUGAUCUUAGAACUCCGGUGGGAUCAAGUUAUGAUGAGAAUAUAACGAUUAAGUUUGACAUUUGGGAUACGGCGGGUCAGGAGCGUUUUAAGAGUAUAGCUCCGAUAUACUACAGAGGUGCCGCCUGUGCCAUUGUUAUUCUUGAUAUCUCUUCACCACCUACGCUGCAACACGCGGCGUUUUGGGUUAAUCAAAUCCGUGUCGCCAAUAACAAUGAGACGAUAAUUGUGUUGGUUGGGAAUAAAGUUGAUUUACUCGGGAAUACUCCAGAGACCCUACAAACUCUAGCGAAUGCUAAGGCAUACGCCAGGGAGCAGUCAAUUUCAUUUGUUGAAACCAGUGCCAAAACUGGCAAGAACAUAAGUUACGUGUUCGAGUUGCUGGCACAGGAGAUUUCAAAGGACCCGUUCCGCUGGGACAAAACUGCAUCCAACAGCUCCAAAUCCUCAUCCAAACCCCUCAAAGAUGAUGCCAAUAAAGAUAAAAUCAACAAGAAUAAAUGCUGCAGCCUUUUAUAAAUGUAAUAUAAUCAUU